AUGUCAUAUAUAAAUAUUCCUAGGGAUCGAAAUGAUCCUAAUUAUAGAUAUAAAAUGCCCAAAUUAAUUUCUAAGAUUGAAGGAAGAGGGAAUGGAAUAAGAACUAACAUUUCUAAUAUGGGAGAAAUAGCUAGAUCCUUAAAGCGACCACCUAUGUAUCCAACCAAAUUUUUUGGUUGUGAAUUAGGAACAAUGGUAAAAUUUGAAGAAAAUGAAGAAAAAGCUAUAGUUAAUGGGGCACAUAAAGAAAAAGAUUUGGUUAAUAUCUUAGAUAAAUUUAUUGAAAUGUAUGUUCUUUGUCCUCAUUGUUUAUUACCUGAAACAGAUAUUAUUGUUAAAAAAGGUUUCUUAAUUUGUAAGUGUAAUGCCUGUGGAAAUAUAGGAGAGCUAAAUAAUUCCCAUAAAAUUGCUACUUAUAUGAUAAAAAAUCCUCCGUUAAUUAGUACUGUAGGAAAUAAAAAAAAGAAGAUUAAAGAAAAGAAAAUGGAAAAAAAUGGAAAAAAUAAAAAUGAGAAAAUCGAAAAAAAUGAAGAAAAUAAAAAUGGGAUAAAUUCAGGAGCAGACAUUGAAGGAUCUGAAGAGUUAGACACUGAUAAAAGCAAUCAGAAUACUAAAAAGGAAAAGAAAAAUAAGAAAAAAGAUAAAAAAAAGAAAGUAGAAGAUAAUUUUGUUUUAGAAAAAGAAGCAUUAAAUUUUGAAAGUCCUGAAAUAAAAGAAGUUAUAGAUAGAUUAAGAAGUUUAUUUGUAUCUAACCCUAAAAUUAGUGAUAAUACAUUUUCGGAAGAACUAAGAGUUUUACAGGUAUCACAAUGUUUUGAUUCCAAAUGUAGAAUUUUUAUUUGUCUAUGUUCAUUAUUUGAAGACAAAAUAACCAAAGAAUUGUUAGAAAAAAAUAUAAAAUAUGUAAAAAAAAUUAAUGAUACAUCAGUAACUAUUAAGGAUAUUUUUCUUGCCUUAGAAUAUUAUGUGAAUAAAGUAGCUGUUAACUCUAUCAGCAUUUAUCCAUAUAUAUUACAAGUUUUAUAUAACAACGACAUCUUUGAGAGUAAAGAUAUUAUUAAAAGAUAUGAAAAUGAUAAUGAAACCCAAGAAAAAAACAAUGGAAAUGAUGAUGGAAAUAAAAUUUAUGAUGAAUGCUACAAUAAAUGUAAAAAUAUGGCUAAACAUUUUGUUAGUUGGCUAAAAGAAAAUGAUUCCGAUACAGAGUCAGAAGAAGAAGAUAACGUAAACAAUAGUACUAAUAAAAAUAAUGUUGUCAGUUAUAAAGUGAAAUCUUUACGUAAUAAUGAAGGAAAAAGUAAUGAGGAAAGUAAUAAUUGCAUAAAUGAAAAUGAAAAGGUUUUUGAAGAUUCUAAAAGUGAAAAAUGUGAUGACGAAAUAUUUUUAGAUGCAAAAGAUGGUAUAAAUUAUACAGGCGAUGAAGAAGAAAUUGAUAUUGAUGCCAUAUAA